AUGAGAUGCUGGCCCGUGUUGUUCGUCGCGGCUGCGGCUGCUAUGCCAUGGACAAAUAUCUUAUUCAACACGGCGAGUACCAAAAGUCUAGAACCUAGAGACGCCCCCAAUCCACCCGGUGGUGAAAGUAGCAUAAUGUGUAGAUGGUCCAACUGCGGAGAACCUUGCGAUGCUGGAUUUGAGGCGAAAACGAUAGCAGGAGGAGAGCCCGGUAAGAUAAUGAGCAACCACGAACACUGCAUGGACGAAGGAUUCCAAACGUUCUGUUGUCCCACAGGCCAACCCACUCCCAACUGCCUGUGGCGAGGCCUGCAAAACGGUCAAAAAUGCACGCCAGGCUGCGCUACCUCGGAGGUGGAGGUCGGAUCUACGAAAACGAACUGUUCGAAUGGUGGACAUCAGACUGCAUGUUGCUCAGAUGGCCGUUCCGUUAGUGCAUAUUCGCAAUGCAAAUGGCAUGGGUGUUCAUUCAGUGGCAAUUGGUGCAGCAAGGAAUACCCUCAGGCGAGGAGGCAUACUGUUGUCGCGGAGAAGUCAGAGGGGACCGCGACAAUUAUGUGGAAAUAUUUCAGAGGACCUUGGACUCGCAAGUUGGACUUGGUGUCAAGGUUGAUACUUUGCAUUAACUGCCUCACAGAUAUCUCAAGGACCGCCGGGAAAACAAAUGCCCACCUGAGUCGCUUCCACCGAUUGAAUAAUCGAACUGAUUAUAUCGUAAACAGUGACCAGGAUGUUAACUACGACUCGGCUGCCCCUGACGACACAGAGGAGCACUCACCGGAGAGUUCAAAACGAUCAAUUCAGGAAUUUAGUCAAGAUUGCAAGCACGAUUGGCUAGUGCUUGUUGAGUAUCUUGUCGCUGUCCUUGAAGCUAAACGUCGUGGGAACGAAGUUGGGGAGCAGCGCGAGAUAAUGAGAAUCUUCGACAGUACGAUGGAUGGAGUAAAGUUUGUUCAAUUGGUAGAUUAUCUCAAAAUGCGUCCCCUAGAAACAUCGCGGCGGAUAAUUUUGCGAGUAUUAAGGGACCCCAGAAGAUGGGGUGAGUUGGCAGAGGAGACAGCCAAAGAGACGUUAGGCGUGUGCUACCUACAUCCUAACCUAGGACCAGACCACGAGACGAAGUCGACGAAUACUAGCGGUAAAAGCAGCCUUCGUCCCCGCCUCAUAGAUGAUAACUUAGGUAAUCCAACUCAACCCGAUAUACCGUCUUUGGGCUGGAUUUUGGCCGGUAUUAACGCAGGUGCUCUUUCAUUCCAUUACGCAAGAUGGGAGUGGUACGCUGCGGUCCAAGGCAAUGGAGAACCUGGAAAAAAUAGCCCAUUUCUAGAGCUCGCUUAUUGGAUUGGCCCUCGUCGUGGAAUGGAUCCGACAGCUCAAGAAGAGAAUUCGUAUCUAUUACACUAUUUUCGAGAUCAUCGAGAAGACCGGCCAGAUCACAAACACGUCAACAAAUGGGUCGUUCUGCACCUUCACUUUUCGUCGCCAAUUAUAUGGUUCGAUGAAUUGAUAUUUGAAGGAAGUCGUCUAUUUGACAUGUAUACAUCCAUCACUAAACAGUCCGCCAUAACCGCGUAUCAUUCAAACAAAGCGUUUGAUCCUGAUGAUCGCAAGACCCGCUAUAUAUGGCACGUACCUGGCUGGGGUCCAUACUGGCGCGUUCAAUGGAAUGAUAAAAACGGGCAGGCCGUGAAUUCCCGAGCCAAAUUCUCCUGUCCCAGAGGUAGCUCCAUUAACAUAGGCCCGGGUGGAAUGGUCCAGGAUACGGGUCACAUAACUUCCAACCAAGACCUUCGUAUCUUCCUGCACAACUUAUGGUCCCAAGGAUACCUUCGUAAAGAAGGGCUGGUGCCCUUGUUCAAAGCCCCAAAAAGUGAUGGUGGUCCUCACUACAAUCUCGUUCCGGAAACUUUGAAUGGAGGAUUUAAGGAUGUUUCGCUACCGAUUGAUGAACAUAGAGAUUGGAAACGCAUUGAGGACCUUUUCAAUAUCCCAUGGUCGACGAACUUUUACCUUGACAAUGGGGCUGCGAAGUACGAUAUCGAUUUCCAAAAUAACUUUGCGUAG